CAUAGUGUCUAGCUAAGCAUUAUACAGCUCCUUACUUCAGCAGGGAGUUUUCACAACUCCCAUUGCUCAAACAGAACUCCUUGUUUUUACAAAAGACAAUGAACAAACAUUUAUUGUGUAUUACACCCCGACCCCCUCACCUCACGCUGUGGCACACUAAUGAAUGUGGGUUCAUCAGCCGCCCCGCAAUCAGCCCUCCCCCCCCCGCACGCCGCUGCCGCAGCAGCCGUUGAGCGCAGUCCCCACGGCGCUCUCAGAAAAUGGAGGCGGCCGCGGGCGGGCUGCGCAUGCGGAGAGCCGCCCCGCGCCGGGCGGGCGGGCAGCGAGCGGGGCCGGGGCCGGGGCCGGGGCCGGGGCCGGGGCCGGGGAAGCGCCGCCGGCUGCCUGUCCCUGGGCCACCCCCGCCGUGCCUCGGCAUGAGGAAGAUUUUCGGCUUCGGGAGGAAGAGGAAGGGGCAGCCGCCGCCUCCCGGUGGCGGCGACGCCGCCGCCUCGCCCUGUCCCGGCGGUGCCUACGAGCUCCGCCAGAAGGAGCUGGGCAAGCUGCACCGCGCGGCCGCCAGCGGCGACCUGGCCCAGGUGCGGCAGGGGCUGAGGAAACACGGCAUCGACGAGCGGGACAAGGCGCAGCGGACACCACUGCAUCUUGCUUGCGCAAAUGGACAUGUGGAUGUCGUUACAUACCUAGUAGAAAACAAGUGUAAGCUCAAUCUUUUUGACAAUGAUAACAGAUCGCCACUGAUGAAGGCAGUACAAUGCCAGAAAGAAAAAUGUGUGGCUAUCUUGCUGGAGCACGGUGCUGAUCCAAACUUGGCAGAUGCUAGUGGCAACACUGCCCUUCACUUGGCUGCUGCAGCUCCGAAUGCAUCUCUAGCAGAGAUGUUACUUGAGCAUAAUGCCCAUAUCGAUGCUCAAAAUAAGGAGGGAUAUACCCCCCUUAUUCUUGCUGUCUUGGAACAUCAUGAAGAGAUGGUAGAAUUUCUCCUUAAAAAAGGAGCUGAUGUGCAUGCUCGAGAUCAGUGUGAAAGAACCCCGCUUAUGACUGCUGCAUCUGGUGGGGAGCUUAACUUGAUAAAAGUUCUUCUUCGCUAUGGUGCUGAUCUUUCCCAUAAAGACACUAAAGGAUGGACAGCUGAGGAUUAUGCUAUUAUUCAUGGAUAUUCUAGUCUUAGCAAACAACUGGCAGAAUACACAGACUGGGAGAACACAGGAGAAGCUUCUGCAGGCGGUAAACAAAGCAUCCCGGUACUUACGACUCCUCACAGAGCAGGAGCUGCUGGCUUUACGUUGGGUGCACCUGCUGUGGACAGAGGAGGAAUGCAACAGUCUCCUAACCAGGCACCAAGAACAGGAGAAUCAAGGAAAGCAAUAGAUGACUUUUCCCAAGGAGACUCAAUAAGAAGCUCUGAGAAAGAGGGGAAUGAUGACAGUUGGCAUACUUCUGAGGAAGAAGAACUUGAUUUUACCCCAAAGAAGCCACAGAAGCCAAACUUGACGCUGUUAAUGAAUGCUUCCCAGCAGUUCAAGAAAAACAAUGAUGGUGAUGGUUCUAGAAUUGAAAGUCCUAAGUCACAGAAGAAAAACCUCAAACAUAGAACCCCAUCGGAUGCAAAUCUGAACAAAGGCAAGUGUGGUGAACUGUUGAACCAAGAUGUUUCAGAUGCAAGCAACCUUGAAGAAGAGGAAUUGGACGAGGAAGAAGAAGAGGAGGAAGAAGAGGAGGAAGAAGAUGAAAAUGAUGAUGGAGAUGAUGAUGAAGAGUAUGAAGAGGAAGAAGAGGGAGAUCUUAUUCAAGAUGAAAAGGAGGAGGAAGAUCUGGAAGAUGAAGAAACUCAGUCUAACAGCAUAAUGGAGGAGGAGCAGGGGCGUGAAAUAGAACCUAAAGGAAAAGUUAAUCAGGAAUUGGGGUGCUUUAGAAAUGCUAAGUAUGAAGGGGAAACUCAGUGUGGGACUGGAAAUGUUUUUGGUGAUGAUCAGAAAAUAUGUAAAGAACUUGAUGAAAAGAUGGAGGGAUCUGUUGAUGCUCCUGUGUCUUUUAUAGCUGGGUGUUAUGAAAGGUUGCAAGAAAAUAUAACAGUGAUAUCUCCAAAGGUAAUGAACAAUGAAUUAUCUUACGAAUCCACACCAAAACAAGCUGUCCUACAAAAUGUAAAUAAUUUACAAACUAGACAAGAACCUUUGAACAAAAAAAGUGUGAUUCAGGAGAAGUUACGCCAAAAGGGUAACUUCUCUUCUGUAGACUCAGAAACAACAGACUGGAAAAAAGAGAUCCCCCAGUCUCUCUCCGACAGUUGUGGUCUUACGGAGAAAAAGUCAGCUUUUGGUGAUGGCUUUAAAAGUAUUAAUGGUUCUCAGUCAGCAGCAGAAAACCCAAGACUUGAAAGUCAAAGACCAAAAUCUGAUAUUUUUGAAUAUGUGGGUGAGGAAGAUGCUGAAGAAGGGUAUGAAGAAGUAGAUAAGAAAGUCUGUGAAGCACUGAAACAAGAAAGUGAAAACAUGCACUUAAUUAGAUGUGAAGAAAACACAAGGGCAGUGUUCUCAAGCACAAAGGAAGAGUUACUUAAGUGGGAAGAAGAGGAGAAGGAAGAUGCUUGUGGAGAGCUGCAAACUGCAGCUAGUGAGGGUGUGAAAAAUUAUGUUCAUAGUAAUACCCAUCAAGACCAUAACGCUUCAGAAGACACAGCUGGUGAGAAAAGUGCCUUGCCAGCUCUAGGAGCAGAGCAAGAGGAGGAAGCUGAAUCUCCCUGGGAUUCUGAGAUUAUACAGACAGAUUCUGACAGUCUGAGAAAAGUGUCGCCUGGUGUGUUGCUCCCAGCUGCAGAUGAACAUGGAGCAUGCUUGCAGAGUGUUUCAGUGGAGCGCAACAAUGGCUUUUCAGAGAAACCCAGCAAUUUGCAGCUGAAGAUUUCUGCGUCAGUUUUAGAAAUGAAUGAAACAUCUCCUAGAAGAGGAAGGCGGAAAUCAGAUCUAUUGGAGGAAUUUAGUUUAGGAGAUGCAGAGGAUAUUGAAGGUGAGUGCUCAGACUCUGCUUUUCACGUGUCAUCAUCAGGUGAAAAAGAAGCGAUCAAGGAUACCAUUGAAAACUAUGGGAGGCAGGAAAAAUAUAUUUUAGAAACUACCAACUUGAUAGAAAAAACAGCACAUGAAAAUCAGGCUGACAAAGCAGAAAUUUCACAUCAGGAAGCCCUAGCAGAAAAUGAGGAAUCCCACAGUGCUGACAAGCAGUUAAGCCCAAUACCUUGGGAAGAAAGGUAUGAAAGAAUGUGGGUUGAAAAUGAGAAAAGGGAAUUGAAAACAAACUUUAAAAACAUUACAGCAGAGCUGAAGCAGCUGUUUGGUGAAGUUUAUGAACCUGUGAAAACUACUUCCUUUGUGGAAGAAAUGUCAGAAGACAACUUUAAUGAAGAACUGAAGAGUUUUCACGUUGCUUCAUCUGGCAUGAGAGAAUCAAACAACAAGUUAGAAAGUAAAAGUGAAUGUGGAGAUACUAAACUUAAUGCAGACCUAAAAGAACCCAAAAUGGAAAUUGUAAUUCCAAGGCUUGGUGUUCUUCCUGAUCGAAAUGACUUAAAUGCAAACAUGGAAGAUACCUGGAGUACAAAUGAAAGAGUUUGCACUAACGAUGCAGAUAAUACAAAAGAAGAGGAAAAUAAAGUGCCUACUACGGAAAUGGAAGAGAACAAGUAUGGAAGUGGUAGAAAUGCAGAGGGAAAUCCUGAAUACUCCCUGAGACACUGUUUAAAAACAAAUAUUUUGGAUGACAUUUCUAAUAUAUGUCCUAAUUUAAGACCUGCUUCUACAGAUGAUGAAAAUGCAUUUUUUGUAGCAGAAAGGAAAUUGGGAAGAGACUUCUGUCUUAGUGACAAUAUUUCCAGAGACUACCUUAUCAAAAACAAUAAAAUAGGAGAAGCAGAAAUUGAAAGUAUUUUUGCAAAUACUCAGCAACCUUGUGGCACUCUGAAAAGGAAUCUGGAUGAAGAACUAGAACAAGAUGUGGAAAGAUUUAAGAGUAAGGUAGGAAUGCUGCAAAUGGUAUUCCUGUCUUUGGAGAAAGAGAAGGUACAGCUACAAAAAGAGGUUGAGAAGGAAAAAAGGAAGCAGAGAUGUUUCAAAAUGCAGGCAGUGGAGAAACAAGAAGAUCUUGAUAAAUUAAAUGCACCAGCAGGCAAUGCAAAUCAGCAAAUGAAACAAAAGCUUAAUCUCAGGAAGAAUGAAUGUUUGAAAACUGAGGAUGAUAAAAUAAUAGAAGAAAAGCACAAAAAGGAUUUUUCAUCUGAGGAGACUUCAAAUGUAAAUGAAAUGCCAAUAAAAAGUAAAUCUUUCCUGAAAGCAAAAGAUGUAAAGAAAAAUGAGAGUAAAAGACAGUCUUCAAAGCAGAAGGCUAAUCAGAGGAUGAGUUCCUCCAGUGGGAAUCAUUUUCAAGUACUGGAUGAUAGCACUUUCAGUGAAACAUCUCAAGAUGAAGAAAGACCUGCAGCAAAAACAGGGAGUGAAAAGAACAAGGUCAGCGUACAAAUGGAUGUUAUGGAUAACCUUGAUUUAACACAGUCAUCUGACACAACUACAGAGGAUGUUGAAUCGCCAACUCCAACCUACAAAGAAGCUAUGUUGCUGUUAGAACAGCUUGGUGUGGAUCAUGCAGGUUCUGUUAUCCUGCUGAAAAUUCAGAACAUACUUCUUCAAUACGAACAGAUAAUAGAACGUGAAAAAAGUCGGUAUGCAGCUCUCAGUAGAGAAGUCAGGAAAUUGGAAAGUGAGAAAGAAGAGUCACAAUUAAUAGCAGAAGAGACUCAAGAUUUGAAAUCCAUAUUGGCUCACCAAGAAGUGGAAUGGAAAAGUGAUAUCCAAAGCCUUAAAUUUUCUUUGAAACAAGAAGAAGAAAAGAGGCUCAGAGUUGAAAUGCUGUAUGAGAAAACAAGAGAACAGCUAAGAAGGAAAGAGGAUCAAUACUGUAAAGAGAUGGAGAAGAAACAACAACUUGAGUUGCACUCAGGGAAUUUACAAACAGAGAUAAUAACAUUGAGAAAGCUCUUGAAACAGGUUGAAGAAGAGCGUGAUGAAACACAGAGACAGCUCUCUCAGGAAAAGAGUGCAAGAGCCCUACAAGAAGGAAUUUUGAACAGCCACCUGUGGAGACAGAAGGAACUAGAAGAAGAGACAAGAAUAACCAUAGGAAAAAAUUCAGAGGAAUCUGACACUAAUGAAAGGGAAAAGGACCUGUUGUACAAAAAUCAGUUACUGCAAGAUGAGAUUGCUAUGCUAAGACUAGAACUUGACCAAGUAAAACUUAGGCACCAGGAGGAUGAAGGAAAAUAUUUAGAGGAAAAUGAAACUUUGAAAGAAAAGAAUGAAGAUCUUAAAAAGGAACUUAAACUGAAUGAGGAAGCCUUAACACAAACAGUAUUUCAGUACAAUGGACAGCUGAAUUUACUGAAGACAGAAUCCGCAGUGCUAACUUCCAAACUUGAGCAGACUAAAGAAAGCAAAGACAGACUGGAGACAGAGAUUGAAUCGUUUCGUUCUCGCCUGAAUGCUGCUGUUCAAGAUCUUGAACGUCAUCAGACAUCAAAAAGUGAUGUCGAACGAACAUUUCAGAGAGAACGUGAUGAAUGGCUUCGGUUGCAAGACAAGCUCCACCAUGACCUCUCUGAUGUGCGAGAAACCAACAACAGCUUGUCUCAGCAGCUGAGUAAAGCUGAAAGCAAAGCUAAUACUCUAGAAAAUGAGCUUCACCAGCUGAAACAAACACUUAGAGAAAAAACACUACUUUUAGAAAUGACACAAAAGGAAUUAAGUCAAGCCCAGUGUCAGGCAAAGGAAAGUGAUCAUGCUCGGCAACUUGAGAAAGAUCAAGUAAGCAAGUUUAUGAUAAAGCAGGAAUCCAUGCAGGAGCGAUUGGCACAGCUCCAAAGUGAAAAUCUUUUACUCCGUCAGCAGUUGGAAGAUAUGCAGAACAAGGGGAUCAUCAAAGAAAAAGUUGUGAAUGAUGUCCAGGACAGAUUUAAUGAUAUUUUCAACAAACUCAGAGCUGAUACUGAAAAGCAAGUUUACCUGAUGGAAGAGAGAAACAAGGAAUUAAAAACCAAGUGUACGGAUUUAAGAGAACAAGUCUUCAAAUAUGAGGCUGACAAAGUAGAAAGAGAGGGUAUGGUCAGACAGCUGCAGCAGGAACUUGCUGAUGCUCUUAAAAAGCAGUCUAUGUCAGAAGCCGCACUUGAAGUUACUACGCACCACCGCAGUGACCUGGAGGAAGACAAAUUGCGCUUGCAAAAGGAGUUGGACAAGGUUAAAACCAAGUUGCAGGAAUCAGAACAACAGCGUAUUCAGUCUGAACAUUGUGUUCACGACUUAAAGACUGUCUUAGAUAAUAAGGAAAGAGAAUUAAUAGCUUCUUCCAAGAAACUGCAAGACAUUCUGUUAUCAUCUUCUGGAACUAAUACUACUAUAAAACAACUGGAAGAGCACGUGCAAAGGCUUGAAAUUGAAAAUGCCAGAUUGGAGGCCACGGCCAAACAACAAACCAACAGGAUUGAAGCACUUCAGAAAGAUCUGCAAACUUCUGCCUCAGUUCAUAAUCGCCUAGAGGACUUGAUAACUGGCUUGCGGACAACGCAGACAACUGCAGAAGAGUACCAACAUGAGCAGAUGCAAAAGCAGAAUGUGCUGCCUCUGACAUCAAAAGACCCACGCAGUAUGUGGGAGGAGGAAUUGAAGUCAAGAACCCACCUUGAAGAUCGUCUUGCUCAGCUUGGCAGGGAAAAGGCCGAGCUCCUAGAACAGUGCGAGAGUGAGAGAAAGAAAGUGAAGAAGUUGAUAGAGUUGAAACGCCCAGUUGAGGUGCGUCUGGACCAGGAAAUGAAAAGAAACAUUGAACUGCAAAAAGAAUGUCACAGGUGCAAGAGGCUUCUAAACAGAGCUAUGAAGAAAAUCAGGAUGUAUGAGGCCAGAGAAAGAGAGUCUCAGUUUAAUUUCCAGGGAGAAAUUAAGAACAGGUAUUCUGAAAUGGUCAAUGAAGUUGGCAGAUUGAGAACAAAGGUUAGUGAACUUUCCCAGCAGCUGGAGCUGGAGUCUAAAAAAUGCAUGCAGCUGGAAGCACAAAAUCAGGAUUUGCGAGAAGAGCUGUCUGCUCUGCGUGGGAAUCAUGAAAUACUGGAGAAGAGCAAAUGCCAGCUGAAGGAAGAGGUGGCAAACCUCAGACAUCGUUUGGAAACUAAUAUGGUGGAUCACAGCCAAAUAGAGCAAUAUAAAAGAGAGAUGGAAGAACGAGCUGGACAAGAAAUCAGACAAAAGCUACAAGAAGUCAAUUUGUUUUUGCAGACACAGGCAGCCUCCCAAGACAGGUUAGAACAAAUCAGAGCCAGUCACCAUGCUUCGCUGAGAAACCAACUAAAACACAGAAUUAAAGAUCUUGAAUGUGAGUUGGACAGGAUAAAAAAUACUCAACAAGACAGUAUUUUUCAAAAAGAAUCCACACAAGCAGAAGUGGAAAAAUACAAAGAACUGUAUUUGGAAGAAGUGAAAAUUAGAAGAUGUCUAGCAAAUAAGCUGGAAAGAGCUAAUGAGAGACUAGCAGAAGCCAAUGCUAAGCUCCUUCAAGAGCGCCAUAGAAGCAAAUCUUUAAUUGCAAGCAGCAUCGUCGGUGGAGGUCUGGCUGCAAGUCCAGUUCUAUAUUCAACUGAACUGGGACAUCUUGGCAACAAUUUGGCACUGAACAGAAGUCUUAGUCUAGGAGGAAGCUUCCUUGGCCCACCUGGGAAUGCAUUAUCGUCAAGAAACAGGGUUGAAGCCUAUGUGGCUAAGAUACGGCGGGAACUGGAUGAAAAAAUCACUAAAGAACUUGAACAAGCCACUGCUGAACUUGAAACUGGAUCUGCUGGAGCUUCUCCCAUGGUAUCUACUGAUGGAUCUUCAAAAAAUUUCAACGUUGACCAGGAUCCCCUUUGCAAGGCAAUACAGGAGUACCGUGAUGUUUUAACCAAGAAUUAUUUGAUCUGAACAAAAUGCAAGGGAAAGGCACUAGAAAGUUUGUUUACGUAACAUAUCUGUGGUUUCCCAUCCCAUGGCUCAGAAGCAAAAACAUCUUCAUUGCAGUUUGAACAUAAAUUCUAUUAAAUAGGUGUCACUUGUUUUUUGAUGUAUAGUUGGUUUAUUUUGCACUCAAAAUAAGAACCAUAUCUUUUUUUUCUGACUAGCAGAAUGACUUGAUUCAUGAACUUUACAGAACUCUCAAAAUGUUUCUGAUUAAAGUUAGUUGAAAUAUUUUGUUCCCCUCUUGUUCAGUGUUUUAACAAAAGCAUUUAUUUUGUUCUGUUUAAUACUUUCAUUCUAUGUGUUUUAGUGUUUCCAGUGUUAUUUUAAUGCUUAAGGAUAUCAUUUGGUUGGAUUUUUGUCUGCUGCUUCAGUCCUGAUGCAGUGAAUAUUUGUUGAUUAAGUGAAAGUUUUACCAGUGUUUAAGCUGGAAAACAGGGCACUUUAUAUUGCUAUCACUUUUAUGUCCACUAGGCUUAAAAAUACUGUGAAUGUACAGUAGUGCCAAGAAAGCUUUUAUGUGGUAUGUUUGUUUUGGUAUCCAUGUUGGUUUUUGUAUUAAAACUUGCUUCAGCUUUAGACAUUUGUAGUUGCUAGAUGAACACCUGUGGUGAACCUGAAACAGUCCAUAUAGGGAAAAAGGAAUAUUAACAUAUCAACCUUUGGUCUGCUUGGUACUUAACAGUAUUUGUGUGAUAGAACAGCUUUUUGUUGCUGCUAACAGCUGAUGGUACAGUGGCUGCAGCCCAGGUGAAGGGCAGUAUUGUGGGACGUUUGUGUCAAUAAAAGAAGCAGUUUUACUUAUUUCAGGGAGUUAUCUGCUACUGAAGAUCAGCAGUCUUCACUUCAUGUCUACCAAACUUGCUGGCAAUUAGAUUAUAGAACAAAUGAAGUCCAGAUUCUGGAGAAAUAAAAAUGGUUGUACUGAAUGAAGCCUGGAAAAAAAAUAAUGUUUUUUUACCCAUUAAUUCAAUAACUUAACAGGCAGUGAGGAAAAGCAGUGAAUGCUGCUAUGUCUCUCUGCUCCUUUUUGUAUGAAUACAACAGUUUUGUGAAGCUAAUACACUGUAUUUAAUUCCAGGCAUUAUGUUUCAACUUGGUAUUUAAUAAAAUUUAAAAUCUAA